AUGAAGACAACUGUGGGAAAAGCAAAAGCUGCAGCUAGAAUCAAAUUUAUUCGAACUGAACUACCUCCUACUUGUCAACUUGAGAAGGUAACAGGAGAAGAAAACAAAGACGAUGAUCACCCUCAGCUUGAAACUGCCAACAAAACUUCCAGAGAUAGAGUUCAGGAUCCUAGUGGUUUUUUAAUGAUUUUGUCCUUUCAUUAUUAUCUGAAAGAUCUUUACAAUUCUUCAAAACCAGAUUCAAGUCAACAAAUAUUGCCCAAGAAGAUUUUAGGGAGAAGUGUUGAGUUAUGGAAAGAAAAGGCUGAUAUGUCUGAGCCAUUAAGUUGCCUGAUGGAAGCUGCAAGCAAAAGCAAGUCUCGUAAUAAAUACACCAUGCAAGAAAAUGGUGCCAUACCAGUGUUGGUGGACGCUAAUGACAAUGACUCUCAAGUGCCUAAGGUCAAAGUCAACAAACAUUGUCAUAUGAAAAAGGCCGCUGGUGAACAAAAUGAGUCGACUCCUUCAGAAUCAAAUCAAGUCAAACUUCAAAAGCUGCAAAAUACCCAAGAAAAAAGACCCAAAUUCUCUCAGGACUUGAAUUUUCCAGCACAACCUGUGAUUGGUUCAAACACUAAAAGCAACAUAGGAUUUGGUCCAGUCUGGGAAGCAUGGGCAAGAUUGCCACAAAUAACUUCCUGCUACAUAAGGGUCAUGGAUGGUAGUUUACCUGUUUCUUUUAUUAAGAGGUACAUCGUGAAGAAGCUUGGUCUUGCUAGCGAAGCUGAGGUGGAGAUUUCAUUACGAGGUGAGCCAGUCUUAUCCUCAUUGCAACUGAAAAACUUAGUAGACUUGUGGUUGCAAACAGUGCCAGGCAAUGAGAUUCAGACAUCUGUUGGAAGCUCAGCCAAGGAUUUUGUUAUGGUUCUUUCAUAUGGUCGAAAGGCUUGA